GAAAUAUUAAAAUAAAAAAAAAGAGGCGCAAACACCGUUUAGCAUUUUACAGUUUGCACUUUACUCCCAUGAAUGUGGUCAAGGAGAUUCAACGGCUGAACGAACGUGAGGCAAGUCUCUCGACUUCGGCUUCUGGAUCAUGGCAUGAACAAUACAAGGAUUCAGCCCAUAUCUUUGUCGGUGGCCUUCCUUACAACUUGACAGAAGGAGACAUUAUCUGUGUCUUGUCGCAAUUUGGGGAAAUUGCGGGGAUCAAUCUCGUCCGAGACAAGGAAACGGGCAAAUCCAAAGGAUUUGCAUUCCUGAAAUAUGUUGAUCAACGAUCCACUAUUCUGGCAGUGGAUAACAUGAACGGAGCCAAGAUUGGUGGCAGAGUGAUCCGUGUAGAUCAUGUACAAAAUUACAAAGUCCCUAAGGUCUUUGACGCCGACGGAAACGAGGUCGAACCUGAUGAGGACAUGGUCAAUAAUGCUGCUCCUAAGCCUAUAGAAGAAGACGAAUCUGAAGAUGACGAUAGCUCAAGCGAAUCGGAAGGAGAUGGCACAAGGAUUGAUAUUGACGACCCUAUGCGUGAUUAUCUUCUCAAGAAACGUCGCAAGAAAGAGAGCAAAAAGUCAAAGACAAAGAAACGGGAUAAAGACAAGGAUGACAACAAAGAGUCCAAAGAGGAGAGACGUGCACGUCGGGAGCUAAAAAAAGCGGCCAAGAAAGAGAAGAAAGAGAAUAAGGCGCGAGAAAAGGAGCUGAAAGACAAGGACGAGAUCAAAGUCGACCGUGACAAUGACAAUGACAAUAACAAUAACAACAACAAUAACUAUAAUAGGGAAGCAGAGGAUAAAAAAGAUGCAGAUCAAAUUACACAGAAUUUAACAAAGACUGAAGAAAAGGAAAAAACACAGCAUAUCAGAUCAUCAAAUACUUUUACAGAAGCUUCGCCCUCAUCCCCAUCUUCACAACUUCAGUCUUCAUCGCCACCAUCUCGUAGAUCUAGAGCUAGAUUAUCAAGAUCACGAUCACGGUCACGGUCACGGUCGCCUGGACAAAGACGAUCUCGCUCUUAUCGCGACCGCAGCUCUGACCGUAAUUACAGGCAUCGUCGACGUGAUUCAAGGUCAUUGUCACGAUCCCCUAAUAGAUACCGUACCCAUUCAUCAUCUUACCGUGAUAGGAGUCGUGAUAGAGCGCGAGAUUAUGACCGAGAUCGAGAUCGGGGCUAUUCAAGGGAUCGAGAUACCUACAGAGAUAGGGACAGAGAAAGAGACAGGGACAGGGACAGAGAUAGGGACAGGGAUUAUUCUGGUAGUGGUCGGAGUCGGAAUCAUAGAGAUGACAGCAGAGAUCGAGCUAGAAGAGACUCAUAGAGCUAAUAUACUGUUGCGUUCAUUUUGUUUUUUAUGUUAUUUUAUUUUAGUUUUUUUUAACAAAAAAAGUCAUUCAAUGACGAAAUAAUAUACAAGAAUAAUGCUUUUCGAAAGG